CGACUUCUCUGUGAGGAGCAGCUGCUGCGCUGCUGUGUCCAAAUAAUUGGCAAUUCUCGGCCUCUUCGUCAUCAGUAACAGGCCAGAAUGCAGAUCUUCAUGAAGACCCUGACCGGCAAGACCAUUAUCCUGGAGGUGGAGCCCAUUGAUACCAUUGAGAAAGUGAAGGCCAAGAUCCAGGAUAAAGAGGGCAUUCCUCCUGACCAGCAGAGGCUGAUCUUCGCAGGCAAGCAGGUGGAAGAUGGCCACACUCUUUCUGACUACAACAUCCAGAAAGAGUCUACCCUUCGUCUGGUUCUCCGUCUCAGGGGCGGCUAUUAG